CAGCCCUGCGUGGGCGUGUCGGCGGGCGGUGCUGCCCAGCCCCGCGGAUCGCGGAUUGGGCUUGGGGAGGGAGCGAGGGCUGCUCGCUGCCAGAGAAAGUUUUGGGGAGGGGUGGAUGUUUUUUUCUUCCCCCAGCGCGAGCAAAGGGGGUUUGGUUUGGGUUUGUUUUGUUUGCGCCGCUCCGCUCCUCGCCCGCUCGCUUUCUUCGUCGGGCUGUGGGUUCUGGGGACUUCUUUUUAAAUUUCGGGCUUAAUUUUUUCUUUUUCUUUUCGUCAUUUCUUGGUGGUUGGCUCUCCCUCCUUGCCCCUCCGAGAAGAGCUCCACCAGCCGCCUCUAGCCCCGCCAUCCCUCCCCAUGAGCCCGGGGCCGCGGGCAGCUCCGCGGCGCGCACCCGGGAGCUGAGCUGGGAAGCGGCGCGUCCCCUCCUCGGGCAGGAUGUACACGGCCGGGCUGGCUCCUUUCUACGCCUCCAACUUCAGCUUGUGGUCAGCGGCGUAUUGCUCUGCAUCGGGGCCGGCGGCCGGCGGCUGCUUCCCUCUGGACGCCGCGGCGGCGAAGAAGCCGUCCUUCUGCAUCGCCGACAUCCUCCACGCCGGCGGCGAGGCGGCGGCCGGAGCCGCCGACAGCCUGCCCGGAGGGCCCGGCACCGGGAUGCCGGCCGCGCUGGGAGCCAUGCACCACGGUAGUCCCUUCCACGCCUCGGCCUCGCCGCUGCGGCCCACGCCCGUCGUGGCCCCCGACGCCCCAGCCGCCGCUGCCGCGUUCCCGCCUCGCCUCUCUCCGCUCUCCACCGCCUACCACUCCCACCACCACCGCCCCCCGCAGCACCGGUCCCCCGCGGCGGCUGCGGCGGCGGCGGGCGGCGGAGGCGCCCCGGCCCCCGCCCGGCUGCCCGGCGGCCACACGCACAGCUCGGCGCCUGCGCCCGCCAGCAAGGACCUGAAAUUCGGCAUCGACCGCAUUUUAUCGGCGGAGUUUGACCCCAAAGUCAAGGAAGGCAACACGCUGAGAGAUCUGACCUCCUUAUUAACUACGAGCCGCCAAAAUGGGGUUCAUCUCCCCAACUUGCAGCCUUCCGUCGGCCAGUUCUUCGCGUCUCUAGACCCUAUUAAUGAGGCCUCUGCUAUCCUGGGUCCCUUAAACACAAACCCAAGGAGCUCAGUGCAGCACCAGUUUCAAGACUCUUUCCCAGGUCCGUAUGCAGUUCUAACCAAGGACACACUGCCCCAGACGUACAAGAGGAAACGCUCCUGGUCCAGGGCUGUUUUUUCCAAUCUGCAGAGGAAAGGUUUAGAAAAACGGUUCGAAAUCCAGAAGUAUGUCACCAAACCGGACAGGAAGCAACUGGCGGCGAUGCUGGGGCUGACAGAUGCUCAAGUGAAGGUGUGGUUCCAGAACCGGCGGAUGAAGUGGCGGCACUCCAAGGAAGCUCAGGCCCAGAAAGACAAGGAGCCGCCGCCGGAGCCGGAGCCGGCGGCUCAGCGAGCCGGCGCACCGGCCGCCGCCCCCGGGGAGCCCGAGCGCAGCCCCAGCCGCUCCGACGGCGACAGCGACAGCAGCGACGCUGAGUCCCUCGAUAUGGCCCCCAGCGACACGGAACGGACUGAGGGCGCCGAGCGGAGCCUGCCAGCCGCCGGGCUGGGCAAGUCGUCCGGCAGCACCGGCCUGCCUUCCCCGCCUCCUGCCGCCGCCAGCCCCGAGCCGCGGAGCGGUCUAUAGUCGGGGCGGCCCGGGACCUGUGCGCUAAUUUAUCUCCCUUCCCCCGCCCUGGGAGCGCGGCAGGGCCGGCCCAGAACCGGCCCCGGCCCCGGCCCCGGCCCCGGCCCCGGCCCCGGCCCCGGCCCCGGCCCCGGCCCCGGCCCCGGCCCCGGCCCCAGCACCAGCCCGCUCCCGCCUGUGGCCAGCGCCCGGCCCGGCCCGGGACGAGGGGCGAGGAUGCAGGCCGAGAGGGGAGCCCCAGCCCCGGGGCGGCAGAGCGUGAGGCGGCCGCCUUUCCCUCAGAUCUGCUCGCAGAAAACCGGGGGAUUUUUCUUUUUUUUUUUUUUUCCUUUUUCCCCCUUAAAAAAAAUUUUAAUUCUCCGUUUCCCGCCCCUCGUUCUCUCCAAGGAAAAUCCGAGCGAGGGACUGCGAGAACGCUCUCAGAAAUACCCACCUUUCCCGCCACCCCCCCCCCCCCACCAAUUUACAAUGUGAAGUAUUUUGCCAACGUCCUCAUUGGUUGCAACUUGUUGCUUCGAAUAAUCCGGCCAAGAAAUACUGCACUGACAAAAUAUAUAAAUAUAUAUAUAUAUAUAUAUAACUCCUGUAAAUAAAAAGUUUGCUAUGGUUUGUA